CACCUACUUCCUACCAGUCAACCGGCAAGAAAGCGCGGGUAUCGUUACCGGUGUAGUUACUAUUUUAAUUGUCGAUAUUUAUUACAUUCAUCAGUUGUGUGAAUUAAAAGUCGAGCAAAAUAGCAAAAAUGUUUGAGGCACGUUUGGUACAGAGUGCGAUUUUGAAGAAGGUGUUAGAUGCAAUAAAAGAUCUUUUAACCGAAGCCACCUUUGAAUGUUCUGAUUCUGGUAUUCAAGUACAAGCUAUGGAUAAUGCUCAUGUCUCCUUAGUUUCUCUUAAUCUUAGAAGCGAUGGCUUUGAUAAAUAUAGAUGCGAUAGAAAUUUAUCAAUGGGCAUGAGUAUUGCAUGCAUGUCCAAAAUUCUACGAUGUGCUGGUUCCGAAGAUACAGUGACAUUGCGAGCAUUGGAUAAUCCAGAAAAUAUUACAUUUAUAUUUGAAUCACCAAAUAAAGAAAAGCUUGCAGAAUAUGAAAUGAAACUUAUAAAUAUGGAUCAGGAACAUCUUGGUAUUCCUGAUACCUCAUAUUCGUGUGUUGUAAAAAUGCCAUCUCAAGAAUUUUCACGUAUCUGUAGAGAUUUGAGCCAAUUUGGAGAAUCCAUAACUUUUGCAUGUUCUAAGGAGGGUAUAAAGUUCAGUGCUUCUGGAGAUUAUGGACAAGCCACUGUUAAGUUAGCACAAACAGCAGAUGCAGAUAAUGAAGAAGAAGCAGUAGUUGUCAAUAUGCAAGAACCAGUCAAACUAACAUUUUCAUGUCGUUACCUUAAUUGUUUUAUAAAGGCUGGGCCUUUAUGUGCACAAGUACAACUAUCAAUGUCUAAUGAUGUGCCCCUAGUAUGUGAAUACAAAAUUGGAGAUAUUGGACAUAUUAGAUAUUAUUUGGCACCAAAAAUUGAUGAUGAUGAAGAAAAUUAAAUUUUUAUACACUUUCAAACUUUUAAACAUUUUUUUUUAGUGUAUAAGUCAAUAACAUCAUGAAUAUAAUGUAUUAUAGCAUUGCUUUAAUUUCAUGUAUUUUGAUUUUCUUGUUCAUGUAUUUAUCAUAUUAUUAAAGAUUAAGUAUAUUUCAAGAUUUUACUAAAAACAGAA